UUAUUCCGGAUCAGUGACCACCGAUCUGGAUUAGUUAAAAUUUUGUAGCGCCUCCCGAUUCCAAACCUAGCGCGGUUCUUAUUCCAAACGAAAGAAUACAGAGGCGGAAGAUGGAAGAGCAGUUCAGUUCAGCCAGUUAGAGCUUUGGACAGACUUCCCGCGGCUGGCGUUCAAGCAGACGAAGGACGGAGUUCCAGCAAACGGCGGACGGCGUUCCAGUGGACGGCAGACGGCGUUCGAGUAGCGGGCAUUUGUUUUAGGAUGAGGACAAUGGUGAAGGAGACUUUGAUAUGUACAGGGUUCAGGGAACUAUUAGAGAAUGGGUCACUCGAGAUGAAGUUCGGCGCUUCAUUGCAAAAAAGUUCUCAGAGUUUUUGUGCCCAUACGUAAAUGAAAAGACUAAACAGGAAGAUUAUCUGAGACAAAUAAAUGAGAUGGUGACACUUAACAAGUGCAGCCUUGAGAUUGAUUAUAAACAAUUUAUAUAUGUCCACCCCAAUAUUGCCAUCUGGUUGGCGGAUGCUCCGCAGUCUGUCCUUGAAGUAAUGGAGGAAGUCGCGAACAAGGUUGUCUUUGACUUGCAUUCAAAUUAUAAGAAAAUACAUCAAAAGAUCCAUGUUCGCAUUACCAACUUACCAAUUUAUGAUCAAAUUCGUAAUAUCAGAUCCAUUUGAACUCCAUAAUUCGUAUUGGGGGAGUUAUUACGCGACGGUCUGGUGUUUUCCCACAGUUGCAGCAAGUAAAGUUUGAUUGCAAUACAUGUGGCUCAGUUUUGGGCCCCUUUUUCCACAAUUCAUAUUCAUAAGUCAAAGUUGGUUCAUGUCCUGAGUGGCACUCAAAAGGUCCAUUCACAGCCAAUGUUGAGCGGACAAUUUACAGGAAUUAUCAGAAACUGACACUUCAAGAGAGCCCAGGAAUUGUACCUGCUGGUCGGCUUCCUAGAUACAAGGAAGUGAUACUGCUGAACGAUCUCAUUGAUUGUGCCUGUCCUGGAGAAGAGAUUGAAGUCACGGGCAUAUACACAAACAAUUUUGAUUUGUCUUUGCAUACCAAGAAUGGAUUUCCUGUGUUUGCCACUCUUAUUGAAGCAAAUUAUGUCACAAAGAAGCAUGAUCUUUUUUCAGCUUACAAAUUAACUCAAGAAGACAAAGAAGAAAUAGAAAUGUUGGCAAAAGAUCCAAGAAUUGGAGAGCGGGUAUGAUGUUUUUUCUAAUUUCAACAUGAUAUGUUAUUAAUAUAUAACGUCAAGCAGAAAAAAGGAGUUUUAGAAUGCUAAUUCUGUUGUCAUACCUUUGAACAUUUGUUUAUCGAAUCAUAUCAUUAAAUCUAUUGCCCCAUCAAUCUAUGGGCAUGAGGACAUAAAGACUGCAAUAGCUCUUGCCAUGUUUGGGGGCCAAGAGAAAAAUGUUAAUGGGAAACAUCGACAUUAAUGUACUUCUCUUGGGUGAUACAGGGACGGCAAAGUCACAGUUUCUCAAGUAAGAAUUCUUUUGAUGUACUAGUUAUUAGUGUUGUUGGUUAGUUUAACCAAGAGACUUUUUUAAAGGUAUGUUGAGAAAACCGGUCAACGGGCAGUUUAUACCACCUGAAAAGGAGCAUCUCCAGUUGGGCUUACAGCAGCAGUACACAAGGAUCCACUCACUCGCGAGUGGACACUUGAAGGUGGGGCACUAGUUCUAGCUGAUAGAGGAAUAUGUCUGAUAGAUGAGUUUGACAAGAUGAAUGACUAGGACAGGUUGGUAAAUACUACGGACUAUAAAUUACAUAAUGCAAUGGAGGCAUGCCGUAGGCUCAACUCAAGAAAGGGAAGAGUGAAAUGGAUUAUUCCUAUGCAAUUCGCCAAUGCGGAACCAUUCUCAUCAGAAGAGAUUGAUGAAGUACGAACUCGCUGGGCAUCAUAUUUCUUAGAAAUGACACAAUCCAUCAACGACACAUGAAGAACAUGUUUGGUUAAGUUUUUGAGUGAUGAUGAGACUUGUAACUUUAUACAAUGUGUUAUUACUCUAGAUUUGUGCAAGGAUUGUUUUAUUUUAGCUUAUUAUUAUGUACUAAGUUGUUAUUUGAACUUAUCUAACAUUUGUGGAAGAAUUGAAAAAUAGCUUGUGUUAUUGUUUUAGAUGGAUUAAGUGAACAAGUGAAAAAUU